UUACUAUUCUCGUUUUCAAUUCUAUUCGGAUCAACCUACCUGAAUCUAUGUUAGUCGUACAAUCCAAGGAUUGAAAUUGAGACAUCAUUCUCCUUGACUUUGAGUUUCAUACACUUGACUCAUUUCAAAACCCUAGGGCCUAGUCCCUCCUCGGCUCCUCCAUCAAACCACCCACAAAAAAAUGUUGAUCCACAACCACCAUCAAAAACCCAUUGGAACCUCCAUACACAUAACAGCCCUUGACGGAAUCAUCCACGUGAACUCCAUCUUCACCCUCGCAGUCUUCAUCGGUCUUUCAUGGAACCCAAACGACCCAUCAAACACCUUAAUUACCGACCCAUCUUGCUCUUCUCUAAACACUUCAGUCGCUGAAAAUCUCGUCGCUUUUCAUGUCUACUCUUUUGGGUCUUUCCUCUUUUCAAGUCUCGUCGCUUUAGGACUUAAACAAGCUUUCCGCAUCUCUGUACACUAUGACUCCUACCGUGCAUUUAUUCAUACAUCUGGGCUUCGUCUUGGCAUGCUUGUAUCCGCCAUUGGAUCUGUUUGUGGCUGUGGAUUUUUGAUGAUGGCUUUAAUUAAUGUAGCUCAGAUUAAGUUGGGCAGUUUGUCUUGUGGAAGCUCUCAUACUUUUGCGGCGGUUGUUCCUCUUGUUAUCUUGGUUCCUUCUGCUCUUCUUAUUUAUAUUGCUUUUGUUCUUUAUGCUUUUACUCGUUAGUAGGAGUAAUUUGUUCAUAUUUUGUAGUUUAAUUGAUUUUUGUAAAAGUGGUUUGAAGACCCAAUUGCUGAGAAUGGAAAAGUUUUGAUCUUACCAUCUAUGAUGUUGAUUAUUAAAUGUUGGGUUGAUUUGAUUAGUGUGUUUUUCUAAAUGUUAGUACUGUUAUUUGUAUUUUGUAGUUUAAAUGAUUCUUGUAAUGGUGGUAUUAAACCUUAGUUAUUGAGAAUGCAAAAGUUUUGAUCUUUCUAGCUAU